AUCGAUUUCACCGUCGCCGGAAAUGCUUCCGAAGUCGAAAAAUGCAGUCGCUGAUGUUAUUAACCUCGACAGUGACAGUGACAGUGACGACGUAGUGGGAGGAAUAGGAGCUUUUCGAAGCAUGGGGUCGUCGGUAAUGGGGAAUCGGAAAGUUCCAAGUACGUUCGCGGAUGCGACGGUGGCUCCUCGUGAAACCCUAGAGUGCCGGAGCUUCUGGAAGGCCGGAGAAAACUUUGUGAUCCCUACCGGUGUUUCUCCAAAUGCUACAGGUAUGCUUGAACAUGCUCGAGUUCAUCCAAAGUUUCUUCACUCAAAUGCUACUUCGCACAAAUGGGCGUUUGGAGCUAUCGCUGAGCUACUUGACAAUGCUGUUGACGAGAUACAACACGGUGCUACAUUUGUUAAGAUCGAUAAGAUCGAUAUUGCAAAAGAUAAUUCCCCAGCUUUAGUUUUCCAAGAUGAUGGCGCUGGGAUGGAUCCCAAUGGGCUCAGAAAAUGCAUGAGCUUAGGCUACUCGUCAAAGAAGUCUAAUACGACGAUUGGACAGUAUGGAAAUGGUUUCAAGACAAGUACCAUGAGACUUGGAGCUGAUGCUAUUGUUUUUAGUCGCUCACACCGUGGAGGCAAAUCUACUCAGAGCGUUGGUCUUCUGUCUUACACGUUCCUCAGAAAAACUAGUCAGGAUGAUAUCAUUGUUCCUAUGAUUGAUAUUGAUUUAUCUAAGGAGCAACCAGAACCAAUUAUUUAUGGAUCUCCAGAGGAUUGGGCUGCCAAUCUUGAAAUUUUACUUAAAUGGUCUCCGUUUUCAACAGAGGAUGAACUUUGGCAGCAGUUUGAGGAUAUUGGAACACAUGGAACAAAAGUGAUUAUAUACAACUUGUGGCUUAAUGAUGAAGGUCUCUAUGAGCUGAGUUUUGACGAUGAUAAUGAGGACAUCCGGCUCCGAGAUGAAGGUGUCCAUGAUGGAAAACGGUUGCACCAUAAAUUAUUAGAACUAAGAUCUCAUAUUUCAUACCACUUACGUUACUCUCUGAGGGCUUAUGCGUCAAUGUUAUAUCUCAAAAAGUUCAACAAUUUCAAAAUUAUACUUCGGGGAAGCCCUGUGGAGCAGUUCAACAUUGCUGAUGAAUUAAGAGUUCCUGAGAUUAUAAAGUACAAGCCCCAUACCGCUACAAAUGAACAAGCUCCCACUGAAAUCAAAGUUGGAUUUAUAAAGGAGGCGCCUAAGCUUGCAGUUUGCGGUGUUAAUGUCUAUCACAAAAACCGUCUCAUUCGGCCUUUCUGGAAGGUCAAUGCUGUAGGGGAAGCAAAAGGCAAUGGUGUUGUGGGAGUGCUUGAAGCAAAUUUCAUUGAACCAGCCCACGAUAAGCAAGAUUUUGAGAGGUCUUCUCUAUUUCUGCGGCUGGAGGCUAGGUUGAGAAAGAUUGUCAAUAGUUACUGGUAUACCCACUGCCACGUUUUUGGAUACAAUACUUAUAAAACGCCUGCAGAUAAGUCGAAAAAGAUGGCAAUACCUGAUCAACCACCUACUGUCAAUGCAUUCGAUCCAUUGCCUUUGCCUAAUGAUAAAAUCAGUCAAGGAGGUCCGAGAACACGUGAUCAACCACCUACUGUUAAUACGUUCUAUCAUCUGCCUUUGCCUUCUGAUAGAAUUAGUCAAGGUGGUUUAAUAAUACGUGAAAUCAGUCAUAGUAAUGCCACUUCAAGCCACACAGUUGCUGUUGCAGCGCCGCAUUUGAGAAAUUACACAGGUUUAAGAAGUAACUUCCAACCUGUGCAGCUCAACCCUCAACCUGCAGCUACCGAUGUUGAAAUCGACCUUGUUGGCAAGUCAGUGGACGAGAUAAGCGAAGAGAACAUACAACUCUUCAUGGAGUGCGAGGAAUAUGCAAAGAAACUGAACUGGAACAGACGGUAAGUAACUUAGAAAAAGAAGUGGAAGAAACUAAAAGGAAAUGUGCACGACUUGCACUGCUCGUGAAUGCCAAGAGGAGGGAGAUGCAACAAGUUUAGUUUAAAACGUUAAGACUAUCUUAGAUCUAAAGGACACCUUAGUUUGAUUUAAGAUCUUAUGAUGUUUUUGAAUUUACUUAAUAGCAUGCGCAUAGAUAUUAGUAAUUAGUAUUGUGUGAAUGUAUUUGUCAGGAUAACAGUUAGGAUCUAACGCAAAGCCUCUGGAGACAGUUCUAUAUAAGGAAUCGUAAGUUCAGAUUGUA